CCGUGUUCUACUUCUUAAAAGUUCUUGUUUCUCUGAUACUGGCUCUGGGUCGGAGAGGUCUGUGUUUGUUGUUUUACGAUCCUCCGUUUUGUGGUGCUCUCAUCACGCCCCCCCUCCUCCCAUCCCCAGAAAACCGAGAAAGCGUGGAGUUGGUUAUACGAAGCCGGUUCUUCAAACUCAUCUGUAUCGCUGGCCAAGUCGGGACCAAGAUGGGCGCGGCUACGUCUAGAGAUAUGGCCGCCGCGGUCCUGGUGCCGCUGCCGUUCAACCUCAUCACCAUGGUGUUGCGGUUUUGGAUCCGGACACAGAGGAAGGCCUGGGGGCCGGAUGACUGGGCCAUGGUGGCGACGAUCCCGGUCUGGGCUGUUUCCCAGGUUGGGCUGAUAGGCAUGGCCUGGAGCGGAGUCGGGCAGCUUGAUUCGACGUUGAGUGCAGAUCAAGUAGCCAACUCGUAUUUUUGGUUCUACGUUUUCCAGGAGUUCUGGUGCUUUACCUUGGUCACCCUGAAAUGGUCCCUUGGUUUCACCCUGUUGCGCAUCGGUAACGGGCAGCGCUGGGUACAGAUUGUCAUCUACACGUGUCUCGCGCUGGUCACGGUUUGCACGGGGGGCACUGGCAUGUAUCUGUUCUUCCGAUGCUCGCCGGUUGAAAAAAACUGGCUCCUUACAAUCGAAGGGACCUGCCAGGCCCGAGAGAUUCAAACUGCUCUUUCGUUCCUCGUUGCUGCUGUCUCCAUCUCGACUGAUUGGAUCUUCGCCAUUAUGCCGUUCGCCCUUAUCUGGAAACUGCAAAUGGCCAGCAAGGUCAAGGCCUCUGUCAUUGGACUUUUGGGCUUGGGCAUCUUCGCAUCCAUCGCCCCGAUCGUUCGACUCAAUUAUCUCCUCCUGUUGAAUGAUGACAAGAAGUUCCUCCAAGGCCUCAGCAUCAUCCUCGCCUGGGCACAGGCCGAGGUCGGUAUCGGAAUGCUCGUCGCCAAUCUCCCCGCCUGCCGACCCCUCCUCGAACGCGCCCUCUCGCGCCUCACGUCCUUCACCGGCUCCAAGAACAAGUCCACCAAGGACCCAGCGGCGGCCUCGGCGGCGGUCAAGAACAGCUACCUCGAGCUGGGCGAAAGGGACACCACCAAGAUGAACAUCAGCGCCAACCGAUCCGGCGUCGAGACGCGGGUGUACGGCAGGGACCUGGGCGACGCCAGCAGCGAGAGCCUACCCGACGACCACAGCCAGAAGAGGAUCGUGAGCAAGAGCGGCUUCGGCGCGAUCCGGGUGCAGAGGGAUUUCGACAUGGCGGUAGAAAAGAAGCACGGCGACAAUGCGGUUUGAACGAAAAAUACGGCUGGGGUCAUCUUUGACGAGUGGGCGAGGGUUAAAAGGCAACACCAGGUGUAACAUUACUUGACCUAUUGUAUUCGAAGACACGUAUAGACCCGGAGACGCUGAC